CGUCACGCGGGCGAGUAGGAGACACGCGGUGAGACGGGCGGAGGAGGAGGAGGCGGCGUCGUCGUCGUCGUCUGACACACACGGAGCGGAGAGAGCGGAGAGAGAGGAGGGAGUCACUCGCGAGGCACAACGCGGCGGAGAAGAGAGUCAACAUGGCUGGGAUACCAGGACGAUUCUGCCACGAUUCCGCAGCAUCUCGGCGGUGGCAGAUCCAGUCGUGCCCUCUGACCUCGCACUACAUCAUCGUGUGCGACGACGACAACGACGACAACAACAACGACGAAGACGAUGACGACGACGCCGCCGCGUCGGGGGGCGAGCGCUGCGAUUGGCCCAAGCGGCAGGAGGAGGCGGAGGCCGAGCCGAUCCUGUCGCUGGAGCAGAUGGUGACGAUCAACCCUCCGGACGCGAGGACCGCUCCGCUCGCCCCGCCCGACGCCGCGGCGUUAGCGCCGGAGGCCGACUCGGCCGGGCGACUCACGCCGGACGCCUCAACGGCCACGGCGGAACACGCGCGGCCCGGCGUCACGCUGCUCCUCAACGCGCCGCCCACGGCGACGUCGCCCGGCGCCGCCGCCACGGCCGCCUCGGCCGCCUCGGAGGGCGACCGGGCCGACGAUGACGGCGGCGGCGGCACGGGGGGGCAGUGGGACCCCCCCACGUCCGGGAGCCAGUCGGGCUGCUCGGCGGGCGCCGGGCGCCCCGCCAACGGCGCCGCCGUGUUCCAGUGCAGUCCCGAGCGCGCCAGCUCGGUGUGCACGGAGCUGUCGUGCGACCUGCCCACGCACUCGUCGUGCGACCCGUCGUGCGACUUCUCCAGCGAGCCGUCGUGCGACUCGGCCGGCGAUGACGCCAAGGAGGAUAGCGACGGUGGUGGCGGCGGUGGCGGCGGCGACAGCGGUGACGGCGGCGACGGUGGCGGCGGUGGCGACGGCGGCGGCGGUGGUGGUAACGGUGGUGGUAACGGUGGUGAUGAUAACACUGGGGAAGGUGGUAAUGGUGGCGGUGAUGGUGAUAGUGGUGCUGAUAGCGGUGACAGUGGCGGUGGUGGUGGUGGCGGCGGCGACGGUGAUGCUGAUAGAAGUAAUGGACAAUCAAACAAGGCAGGGGAAGAAUUGAAAGGGGACCGUGAAGACCUGCCUCCGGAAGCAAAGCUGAACGAUCGGCUGGGAACGUGCGACUCUGCGGAAUUGGCUCGUAUUGCCAGGAGAACGAGAAAGUGCGGCAAGGUGUGGCACAUCUGCCGGAGUGGGAACGUGCGACCGCCAAACAACCCUUCCCUGGAACUGCCGCACGAGGCCCUCCACCCAAACACCGCCAGCAUCUACCUGGAGACGCGCUGCGAUGCCUUCAGCCCGGCUCUGCACCAGUUCUGCACAAACCCGGCAAACCCGGUCACCAUCGUCCGCGGCAUGGCCGGAGUGCUGGACAUAGACCUCGGCGUAUUCAGCACCAAGUCGCUGGUGCGCGUCGCUCCCGAGCAGGAGGUGGAGGUUCGCUCGCAGGCGCUGCAGCCUCGCGACGGCAACCUGGACCCAGGGCGCACACGCCACAGCUGGCUCUGCCUGAGCCACAAGACGCAGACCACGCUGGCGCGCUACGCGUACUAUCAGGCGCAGACCUUCCACAGCGCCCUCGCGGAGCAUAACAUAUGUAAUCGGAUGAAUGGCGUACAAACAAGAAUCUUUGAUACAAGUCAAAGGCUGGACGGCUUGGAGUGCAUGGCCCCCUUCAGGACCCUCAAGUUUGGCACCAACAUUGACCUGUCGGAUGAGAAAACGUGGAGCGCUCAGCUGGCCGAGGUGUGCAAGCUGCCUCCGUUCAUGCGUCUCCACUCGGUGGGGAACAUGCUGAGCCACGUGGGCCACAAGAUCGAGGGCAUGAACACGCUGCAGCUCUACAUGAAGGUGCCGGGAAGCCGCACGCCAGGGCACCAGGAGAACAACAACUUCUGCUCGGUCAACAUCAACAUCGGCCCCGGCGAAUGCGAGUGGUUUUGUGUCCCCGAAGAGCACUGGGGGGUGAUUCACUCGCUGUGCGAGAGGGAAGGAGUGAACUACCUCACGGGCUCGUGGUGGCCGGUGCUGGCGCACCUGGAGGCCGAGCAGGUGCCUCUGUACCGCUUCGUGCAGCGCCCGGGCGACCUCGUGUGGAUCAACCCGGGCACCGUGCACUGGGUGCAAGCGCUGGGCUGGUGCAACAACAUCGCGUGGAACGUGGGGCCACUCACCGCCCACCAGUACCAGCUGGCGGUGGAGCGCUACGAGUGGAACCGCCGGAGUCGCGUGCAGUCCAUCGUACCCAUGGUGCACCUCUCCUGGAACCUGGCGCAGAACAUCCGGGUGAAGGACGCUCAGCUCUACUCGCAUAUGAGGUACUGCCUGCAGCAGAGCCUGUGCGAGUGGUUCUGCACGCUCAACAUCCUGGAGCAGCUGGGCAAGAGGACGAUCGUGCAGCCGCGCGCCCCCGGGGAGAGCGUCUACUACUGCCACGACUGCGAGAUCGAGGUGUUCAGCCUGCUGUUUGCGGUGCGCUCCGUGCCGGGUGCGCGUGCCUACCGCGUGUACUGCCGAGCGUGCGCCAUGCGCGUGAGCCCACAGCUCAAGCCGUUCACCGUCAUUCAGCAACACAGCUCGCACGAACUCAGGACAAUGUUCGACCACUUUACACUGUUUCCCGCCAACGUAGCGAGCUGAUCCCCAUACACGCGGCCGGCAGUUCGCGUACGCUCACGUGCGUGCACACCUGAGUGUGCGUAUGUGGACAUCACUCACUGGUGCUACACACUCGUACAAUGCACGUGUACGCGCGUGCACUUGCCCGCUAACCCACCCAUCCCCCACCCCCCAGUGCACUGGUUGCAAUACUUACACUUGGAACAACACCAGCCUGUACAGACCUGUAUAUGCCACAAAUGAUCUCGUGUAAAUACGUGAAGGUGAGUUUAGAAGAAUUCGUUUCACCGAGUCGGAAUAAUUCCAUCCACAGUUUACCUCUCUUAGUACCCUGGUAUAUAUAUAUAAAACAAAAAGAAACUUGAAUGAUCACAUAAAAACAAUGACAUUAAUAUUUACUGCUCAAGUUUUACCAAAUGUUUUGCCCGUUGCUCACGUUAAGCAAUGAGCUAAAGCUACCUAUGCAAUUCGCACACACACUGUUACACCGCCAGUGACACUAUCUGGUGACGGAUUUAACAAAAAAGAGAAUUUUUACAAAAGGCUGCACUCGCAAGUAUAUGGAAGGAAUGCAGAUUAAGUUCACGUACGAAUAUAUAUAUAUAUUUUGGCUCCGUUAACUUUCAGAACUUUUUCCAAUGACAUUUCUAAGCCGGUCCAAGGCAGGGCCCUAGUGGCGGCGUGGGUGCUUUUUCCACCGGCUCUCAGCGUCGAUGUUUAUUUGUUACACGGAAAAUCCCAUUUCGGCAGUUACUGCCGGCGAGCUUGCAAGGGGAUAUGCUACUGCAUCGGCGCAGAACAAGAAAGUCAAAGCGCGAUUGCGUCGAGAGGAACGGGCAACAACGGGACGGCACGUGUCGGAGGUGCAGCCAAACGGAGGGGGGGGGAGUGCUUUCAGUGAGCAUAAGAUGAGCGAGCACCAAUCUCUGAGACUCGGCCCUCGUGAAGGCACCUGAAUCCGGCUCGGAGCCAGGCAGGGCCAGGGACGGGAGUUAUUUCCUCGGGAUCCGUGCGACCCCCGACUUGUUCGUUCUGCGCGAUGUCAACGCCACGGUUUGGGUUCCGCGGUAAUGUAAAAGAAAAAAACCCGCCACCUCCUGAGCCGCGACGAACUGGCCCGGACCGAUCCCAGCACAGCUCCAUUGCACAGUGAGACAAAAAAAGGGUAUAUUUGAGUCGCGCCGGGUAUUAUGGAAAUCGUUGGAAAAUUUUACAGAGUAUCUCGGGUAAAUUGCACGGCUGCCACAGGUUUCAGAUACACGAACUCUCAAUUGGAGCAAGUCGUCUGCUGUCGUUGGAUGAGUUUAUUGUGGAUUUUGGUAGCUGUGUUUACACUUGGCAGCUUGUUAACGUGUUUGCGAAGGUUUUCGUGGUGGUUGUGCGGUGGCGGUGGUGCUAUGUGGCUCUCCGCUGUGUCCUUUGCGUUGUACCGCUCCGUCUCGUUUCAGCACGAUGUCCGACGUGUCGCUCCAUGUGAUGGGGAGCUUGUUCAGGGACUCUGUUGAACCGGUGUGUUUAGCACACCGAAACAAAAUGCGUGUUAGAGAGCUAAAUGGCCAGUUGAUAGAGACGCAAGCAACGUGUAACUAACUUUAAUUAACGGACGUAGCUCUGAACGUGCUUCGUUCGAAGGCAGACACCGUUUGGGAGCGAUGCAGGUUCUGAGUGAUCGCUGCGACACUCUCUCUGUCCACACCCUCACCCCCAACCCCACUCGUCCACCCUCCCCACAUGGACGGUGGUGAAAAGUUGGCCGCAUUGCUCAUAGAGCUACUGUCAUGUCACUGCUGAGAUCUUGGAAUUGAAUCUGGAUUUCAUCCUCCCAUGAUGGAACCGGGUUCUCAAACGUAGCCAGUUGAUGGUUUCGGCCUGGUCACCAAUGACUGUAUGCGAGUCGUCGCUUAAAUCGGCGUAUUCCACCCGUGAAGGCCACCAAUUCGGCUUCAACUGCCAUGCGACGAACACUCUCCGGCGCGAAUGAGACGCUCCGCCGCCGCCACCGCCGUCGGCACCUGCCGUUGGAAGAGAAUUGACGAGCGCUUUCGCGACGUCGGAUUCCACGGAGCCGCUCGGCGCGGCACGUCGUGAUGUCGCGGCCGCCGCUUGCGCGGGAAGCUCUCAACGGAAGCGUCCUCGGCGUGUGACGCGCACCGCGCACAACGGGAAUGUAAAGACGAGUCCCAGCGAGCGAUGUUUAAAGAGACGGAGAUGUUUAGAGAGCGGACCGUGCCCAACGGACCCACGCGUUGGAUACGGUUUUCGUGGCAACAAAAUGGUUGUGACCGGUGACACUAAAGGACGUGAAGCAACACCUGGUCAUAACGAAUGCCCUCGUGUUAAAUUAAGGUUAUUUAUGCCAAUUUCAGACCUAUCUGCAAAGUGUCGGAAAUGUUGCCCCUUUUUUACAAGAAAAAAAACGUGGGUGCCGUUAAUGUGCCUCUUGUACCACACGUGUUUGAACCGGUCGCAUGGUUCACAUUAAUGUAUUUAGAUUUAGCCUGAACAAUUGGCUUGUCUGGGAGAGGCUUCGGUGUUAGCGGAUGGUUCGAUUGCAUCACGGCAGGAGAUGCACGCACGGAGCGUGACUCCACGCGUUACCAAACGGUGACCCCUGGAACACGUCCGUUGGAUGCCAAACCGCGCACACUAAUUUAUUCCGUUCAAAAGAGGUGCUCCUGAACUUCAGUCUACGCAGGCGCUUUUGCGUACACGAGGUACCGUUAAAACGUGUUCCGUGCAGCUCGUCCCAAUCGAACGUUGGUCGUUGAGGCUUUCGCACAACGGGGUCCGUCCUCGCGCGCUCUGCGCAUCAACACAACCGCACGUGAAGCGGAAUUCUCGCCGCCGCGUCGUGGCUGAUGAAUCCCUCUGAUCGCGUCCCCCGAAUGUGCCAUUUGUUUUCUCCCCCCCCCCCCGCCGGCUUGUUAACAAUGCGCAGCUAUUAACGCAAGCGGACGGUUUGUGUAUCUCGAGUUUGUGUCUCGUUCGUAACGACGCGAUUAGCCACAUAGAGGAUUUAUUUACGCGAUGUCAGGGCGUUAACUGCUGGUCUCUCGACGGGUGCUAAACUUAACAUUCGCCAGGAAAAGCCAUGGGGCGGCAUUCCCAUGUUGGUGGAGGGGUGUGUGGGAGGCCCGUGCCAGCUGGGCAGAGGGUCACUCCGGCCUGCUGAGGCACGCAUCUCUCUGCAUCACCUCAAGCCUCCCCGCAAAUCACGCGACUUCUGUGUUGAUCCCUCCGCUCUCUGCCCCGCCCCCUGUGAAAACAGACGCUGCCCCGUGCAGUGUUGAGGCCCUUGCCCGUGGAGCCUUUCUCUCCGUAUAUCCUCAUCUCUCCUGACCCUGUGGUCCCCAUGUUUCCAUUCCUUUUCCCUCCCUUUCUCUUAUUUCCUCAUUCUGUAUCUUUUUCUCCCAUUCCCGUUCAUUAGUCCCAGUCAUUUUAUCCUUGACCUUUACUCCCCUACCCACUGGUGGUGCCAUGGGUAAAAAAAACAAGUUAUUCGUCUCUAUUGUUAUUAUUAUUAUUUACAUGUCGCUCCGACAACACGUAAGUCGCAACCGCACUCCCUGGUACCUUCGCUGCUGUUCGGCAAAGCUCGUGCCUGCCGCGCCGUUGUUUGGCCUCUUUUUUUAGGAUUUCCCCGGUAGCCAAAAGGGCGGCGCGAUUAACCCGGCGGUCGCUUUCAGAGGUUCGCGGUUCGAAUGCGGCCAGGCCGCCCUGGUUAAGACCGCCGGGUGUUGCUGACCGUUGCAUUCACGCCGCUUGCAUCUCGGUGGGGGGCAGAGGUCCCGUGACGUCAAACGAAGAAAGGUGCAGGGCCAUUUGCAUGCCGGGUGUUCCAAAUUUUGAAAAAAAAUAUUUUCUCGCGGAUGAGCUUACGAGGAAUUUCACCAAUCACCUCCCGGCUCCGCAAGUUGAACGGCGCCCCAGUGGCACACGGCUUCCCGCUCCGCUAAUUACUGCUCUGUGCAUCUAACUCUGCUGAUGCAAUUGAGGUUUUAAUUUUUAUUUAAAUAAUGGUCAUUUGAAAUGAUACGGAAAAGCACUUUUCAACGUGAUGAAAAGUUGGCAGACUACUUCUGGUUUUUAAUGAAUUCACUAAACAUAGCAUUUUUUAAAUUUUAGACUUAGCAAUUGUAGAUUUCAUUGUGCGUGCAAAGUACACGCAGUAUUGUAGUGACACAGAUCCCCCGUGUAGCCUUAACAGACUGUAGGGCAAGUGCUGUGAGCCAGCACCCAUGAAGGCCGGCACGGCACACGAGGGGGUGGGUGGCCAGCACCACGCCCGGCCGCCUUUGUCUCCCCAGUGGCGAUGUUUACACACCGCAUUAGGUACUCAAUUGAGGCUGAGUCGACCUAGGGGAGGCCCAGGACCGGUUCAGAGAAUCGUCACUGGGGUUGGUGGUGAGCGGGAAUCGAACUCGGGUCGCCGGGUUCGUAGCGCAGCGUCGCGCUGACCGCUACACCACCGCUCCCUACACUAGUAAACCAGCAUUAACACACAACACACAUUAACACAACACACUAAUACACAUUAACACAUUAACACAACACACUAAUACACAUUAACACAUUAACACAACACACUAAUACACAUUAACACAACCAUUAACACAACACACUAAUACACAUAGACACAUUAACACACCAAUACACAUUAAUACACAACACAUUAACACACUAAUACACAAACACAUUAACACACCAAUAUACAUUAACACACAACACACAUUAACACAACACACUAAUAUACAGUAACGCACAUUAACACUACACAUUAACACAACCAUUAACACUACACAUCAACGCACAUUAACACAACACACUAAUACACAUUAACACACAACACAUUAACAACCAUUAACACAACACAUUAACACAACACACCAAUACGCAUUAACACAACACACUAAUACACAUUAACACAAUACAUUAACACAACACACCAAUACACAUUAAUACAACAAACAUUAACACAACGCACUACUACACAUUAACACACACCCAUUAACACGCAACACCCAUUAACACGCAACACACCCGAGACUGUUUUGAUCACCAUAUACGAACGGGUCGCUGGGUCGUUUUGAAUCGCGGCGCGGGAGUGGCAGCAGCAGCCCGCGGGCUCCUCUCGAACCUGGACAUUUGUUGAGAAACACAAAGAGCUUUACAGCUCAUCGGAUUCCUCCAGUAGACAUCGAGACCCCGAGCGAGGAUGGAGGGGGAGGGGGAGGUCGCAGGGUGACCCCGCGAACGAGGCAGAGAACUGGGUGGUGACAGCAGGAACCCCUCCAGCACCCACGAGCCCCUCCCCCCGGGGGAUGGUCGAGGCCCCUCCCCCCCCCGGGGGAUGGUCGAGGCCCCCUCCCCCCCCGGGGGAUGAUUGAGCUCCUCCCCCCCGGGGGUGGUGGGUGACGUUCACCGUCACGUGACUCGCUAGAGCAGCUCCACGUGGGAGAGGCGCGAGUCACGUGGUAGAAGUUUGGCUCUCUGGGUUCCACGCAAAGUGUUUCAAAACCGAAUUAUGCAAACCCAUUUUUUGAUAAAAGUAACCCUUACAAAAAUACGAUUUGUACUAAAAGAAUUACUUUACAGUUUUUUAGUAUUUUACAUAAGCAUCCGUGUAUUAUUUAACACUGAGAUUGUAUUCAUAAAUGACGCGUGUGGUGUUUGCCGAAGGGGGGGGGGGGUGGGGUGUGUGUGGGGGUCACCCUUCAAGUGUUUUAAU